GUAGAAACACCACGUGACUUCGCGAGGCAAGAAUAUGUGCCAAAGGCGCGUAAUGCAAAUCACACGCGCCCAAGCAAGCACAUUGAUCUCUACACGAUAGAAUAUCCUUGCCUCUCGCAUCUUACCUUGUGGGUGAUGACCCUUAAAGACGAAGAUGGCUCCUACUUCACAUGGACGAAGUCUUCUCCAUGAUCGAGACAAUGCUGUCAAUGGCUCCUUCUUAAAUGGCCCCCCGCCAUCGACACUUGCUGCACAACUGGUGGAGAACAUCUCAGCAUCCACAAGAUCCUCACGGCCUGAUGAAACAGCCGAGCUAAAGAAGUUGUUCGCUACGAUUGAGAAAGUCAAAGAUCAACCUGAGCUGUUGGCUACUGCUGCUGAACGCAUCGAGCAUAAUCACAUGUUGAUAUAUGUCUAUGCUCGUGUGGUUCUUGAAAGCCUCCGAUGGGAUGACCCCUUUGCUGACACAUCCCUCUUGAACACGGAAGCUUUGAGGGCCGUUAACUUCCUACGAGUAACGAUUAAGGAAACACCUACAGUGCUCUUGUAUUGUUCAUCCGAACAAGUAUUUAUUUUCCGCGGCCAGGAGCCACUAUGGUUAUGGAUUCUGCCAAAAGUGCUGAAGAUGCUCGGCCGCGAGCGGUGUUUAGCACUUACUGGAGUUAUUGAAGGGCUGCUACAGGACAUAUGCAUUGUCAUCUCUCAGACUACAUCACUAUGGCCACUUUUCUCAGACUUGCUGCGAUAUAUUCGGCACAUCAUCAGAGCCAUCUCGGACCAUCUGCUUGUCCUUCGGUCUUCCUCGCCUAAAAGAGAUGGUAUCAUCCACCUGCCUAUUCCGCGGGACUCAUUCCUGGAGACCUUGAUAAAAAAACAACCACAAAAUCUUCACCAACAGUGUAUUUUUGAGUUAUACACAGCUUCAGAUGCCAUCCGGCAUGCGUCGAGUCUCCUCACUAUUGUGGCCAAUAUCGCUUGCUCUCAACACUCUGUACAGAAUAUGAUCUCACCUACGGAACAUAUUCCAUGGCUUUUAGACUCGUAUUUAGCUUUAUAUGAGAACCGGAUCAAAUGGGAAGCUGUCUGCCUUAGCAUCUUGCCUUCUACUCUCCAAACUACCUUGCGCCUGACUGCAGUCCUUCGCUGUUACCCAGAUUUCGAUGCGAGCCUCAGGCGGAAAGGACUAUCACUGCUUGUUUCCCUAGCGAUCGAAGCGACAGAGCGUUUCGGCCGCUUGCUUCUAGUAGUUCAGGAUCCUGAGGUGGCCAGCGAACUGCUCUGCUCCGUCCUGCUUACCCUGGCCGCCUUGUCUCUUGAACAUAGGCCCACUGCAAACUUAGUUGCACUGCGGUUGAUUCCUACCUUAGAGAAACUAGCAGCGCAAGGCGAGCUUGUAGUGCCGGAAACUGAUCUAUGGAAAUGCUUCAACUAUUUACGGCGUGGCUCGCACGGAAUUUCGCCGGAUGAAGCUGAUCCCAACCCUUCAAAUUCCUUUCAGAACGAAAACUUAUGUAGCCUCUUUGGGGAACUUGGAAUUUCCUCUUCUGUACCGCCGACUGUCGACCAGUCGGCCAAGCGUCGGAAAGUCCAACCAAUCCAGCAACCUCUGAAACACAUAUUAAGCACUCUAUGGCGACUUCUCGGAGAAGAGCAUAGUGAAAAUUAUGAAAAACUGGGAACUGCUAUUAAUAAUAAGUUCUCUCAGUUAAGCGAAGUGGAACAGUGCUCCGUGGUCGACCUUGUAGGAUAUGCUUCUUGUGCUAUAGACGGGACGUUAUCAUUAGAUCGCUCGCCAGGGACAGUAGACGCCUCUAGGCUCGAUUGUGUGUUUUGUACAACCGGAGUUCUGUGGCAACAAAAGCCAAUAUGUCUCGAUCACGCAGUCAAAUCAGCACAGCUUGAUAUUUUCAAGAUCCUGGUGGAAACCCCGAACUUCAACGGGCUGCGACGUCCACGCAUCAUAGCUAUGCAUGCAUUAAGACGGAUUGCAGCGCAUUCGCACGAUCCGGUCUUGCUGGACAUGGAGACAUCGAGCGUGGGUCUUUGGUGUAUGAAAUCUCUUUCAAGCUCGAAUCGCGAUCUCAGAAUAGCAGCAAGCCGGACGUUACCAUCAUUUCUUCGAAGCUCCACAGGGGACGACUCUCUUGCCAGCAUUAUCCACAGAAACCGAGCAUUUGUACUCCAAGCUCUCAGCUCUGUCUCGGAUCAGAACUUGCCUCAUCUUGCUGAAACAUGUAUCAUGGCAUGGUCUCAUGUAGGACGUGUGGUCCCUGAUGAUCAACUCAAUCUCGUCCUCGUCAAACUGGUUGACUACUUAAGCCACGGCAGUGCAAUGAUUCCAGCAGCAACCUUCGAUGAGAUCUCCAAUCUCUCCCGUGCCCGAAACGUAUCUCCAAGGGAGUUGUUUGAACCUUUUUGGAAAAGUAUAGCUUUCUCAGCCACGAAAGACCUCCCCACGAAACCGAGAUCUACACGUUUGCUUGCCGAUUUACUCGAGCUGUCUAUUCCCGAAUUUCUAAGGUCAAUCCAAAGAGAAGCACUUCCGUGGCUCGUGCUCCGAGAGAAGCAGGAUGCCAUACACGAAAUCGCCCUAGCGCGAAUGGAGCAAGCUUCCUGGCAACCAUGCUUGGACAGGAACAAUAUCGGACCUAUCAUGGCUCUACUGCUUAUCCAGGAAGUACCAGAUGUCGAAGCAAAUGCUAUUGCACUUCUCCGAAAAAUAUCUCAACACUUCGAGGGAUUCAGUCUUGGUGAGCUGAUCUUGUUGGAACCUGUUCUAAUAGGUCUGGAACUCCUGAAAGCUGCUGGCGAGGCAGAGGAAAUCCAUAAGACUCAUAUACGAAACGCUUUUGAUCUGAUGGUCAAGCUAUACUACCACGCAACGGGCGAAGCCAAACAGAAAAAGAAUCAACUUACCAGUAUAUUUCUUACAGACCAGGUUCUCGGCUUGGUCUCUUCUCUCACUGAGAUUUUCAACCAGUCUCCUGACGGUCGUUCCGUUCUUGAGGAACAAAAGCGUGCCAUCAAAGCAAUGGAAGAGCUGAUCCGAAUGGGAAGGAAGAACAUACGAAUGGUCAGGCCCCAGAUAUCUGCCUGUAUCUUGUCGUGUAUGUCGCACGAUGAACUACGUACAGCGGCCUUCUCUUGCUGGGCGGCGAUGGUGUUCUAUCUUGAUGAGGAUGAUGUUGAAGCUUUAAUUGAGACGACGUUCUUCAUUAUCAGCCACUACUGGAGUGCCUUCGAUGACACAACACACCUGCGCUGCCGGAAGUUAAUCGAGUUUUUAGUGGAGAAGUACAAAGUACUUUUGGCAGAUAUGAUCAGCAAACUACCUUCUCUUGGUCACAUAAAUGCUUUGUCCGAUGUGGAGAAGAAGCUCAACGAGCUUCGGAAACCCGUCGAUAGCAGAACAGCUUUUCAUCUUCUUGCUGAGAGAGUGGGCCAUGAAAACUCCGGCGUUGUACUCCAAGCUUUACGAGAGCUUGCUGCUUAUCUACAGAGACAACAAGCGUAUCUUCAAGCUUCAGCCAUUAGUGAGCAGCCGGACUCGGUAGUAUCAACACUGGCCCGCGCUCUGCUCGAUUGCUCCUCCAAGUACGCUACAGAUGGAGGCGAGAUCAGUCGUCUUUGUACACAGAGCUUAGGGCUUCUCGGCUGUCUCGACCCAAACCGCGUAGAGACGGUCAGGACCGAGAGACAAAUCCUAGUUGAACACAACUUUUGCCAGGCUCACGAGGUUAGUGAUUUUGUCAUGGUCCUUUUGGAGGAUGUCAUGGUGAAUGCGUUCCUUUCCGCAACCGAAAGUAGCUUCCAAGGCCUUCUGUCCUAUGCAAUGCAGGAGUUGUUAGAUAGGAUCGACAUACCUGCGGCGAUCAAAAUGAAUCAACACCCAGUCAGAGGCGAUCCCAAACAGACAGAUGCCGAUCGUAUUUACCGUCGCUACACCCAAAUUUCAGAGGGCGCGCGAGAGGUUCUAUACCCUUUUUUGACCUCUAGGUAUAAGCUGCAAUCUAUGCCGCGGCAGUACGCAGAAUAUCCAAUUUUCCGAUCAGGGAGGCCCUAUGGAGUCUGGAUGCGCAACUUCACACUUGACAUGCUUCAGAGACCGCAGAGUGGAUUUACACAUUAUGUGUUCGAUCCGCUUUGUCGUGUCAUUAAGUUGAAGGACCUCUCCAUAGCCGAGUUCUUGUUUCCAUUUCUUGUUCUCCAUGUGAUUAUGGGAGACGAAAGCACGGAAGACGUAAAGGCGAACAUCCUUGGUGAAUUAUUUAAGGUCUUGCAAUACGAACCUCCUAAAGAAGCUUCAUACGGCGAAAGAGAAGAUACGAAGUUGUACUACGAGGCCGUUUUUCGCGUUCUUGACUAUGCCACACGGUGGCUUCAGAUUAAGCGAAGUAGACAAAGUCAAACACCCCAAGAUGUCGCCUGGAUCGAUCGAGUGCAGAUUCUUCUCAACUCGAUUCCAGCAGAGCUUAUCUCACAGCGGGCAGUUGAUUGUAAAUCAUACUCGAGAGCUUUGUUCCAUCUUGAGCAGCAUAUUCGCGAGGUUGAUCAAGUGAAGGGAAAUAGCAACGAAAGGGAGCGCCUACUACUUCGACUUCAGGAUAUUUAUGCGCAGAUUGAUGAACCGGAUGGGCUAGAAGGCAUCUCGGCCCAUCUACGCGUAGUUGACAUAAAUCAACAGAUUUUGAGUCAUCGCAAGGCCGGUAGAUGGACUGCAGCACAGACAUGGUACGAAGUUAGACUGGCCGAAGAUCCUGAGAAUGUCGAUGUGCAGAUCGAGCUUUUAACAUGUCUCAAGGAAUCAGGACAACAUGAUGUUCUGUUGAACUACGUUGAGGGCAUCGAAAAGCACACUGCUGUAACCACAAUUAACCGGAUAGUACCGUAUGCUGUAGAAGCAUCGUGGGCUACUGGUAGAUGGCAGACCAUGAGGAAAUUUAUCGCUAGAUAUCAAGGCGACCCUACCGAAAAUUUCAAUGUGGCUGUGGCUCGAGCACUGAGCCACCUGGACAAGGGCUCAACCAAGGCAUUUAUUGAAGAGUUGCUCAUCAUGCGCGAUCGUAUCAGCUCAACUAUGACCUUUACUGCAACAUCAUCAUUACAUGCCUGCCAUGAAGCACUGCUCAGAUGUCAUGUACUCACCGAUCUUGAGCUUAUAGCGGGUCUCAAUAACGAGGGAAGCCAGCAUCCACAAGAAGUGUUGAAGUCGCUGGAAAGACGACUCGAGAUGCUCGGAUCCUAUGUCAAUGAUAAACAAUAUGUCCUCAGUAUCAGGCGGGCAGCUAUGGAAUUAUGCAGGUCACGAUUCAGUGAUUUAGACAUAUCUUCUUUGUGGUUAACCAGCGCACGACUUGCCAGAAAAUCGAACUCGCUACACCAGUCUUUUAACGCAGUGAUUCAUGCAUCUCAGCUUGGAGACAGUAAUGCUACAAUUGAGAACGCACGAAUACUAUGGAAACAGGGCCAUAAUCGAAAAGCCAUUCAAACACUCCGGAGUGCCAUAUCUUCCAGCACUCUAUCCGGUCGAAGUUUCGGCAACGACGGGGAUUCAUCUGAAAGGAAUGCCGAGUCGCAACAGAACAUGACUAUAGCCAGAGCGCAAUUGUUACUAGCAAAAUGGCUCGACAAUGCUGGGCAAACCCAUGCUGGCGCUCUGAGACAACAGUAUCAGAAUGUUCCCAAGAAUUUUGGCCAGUGGGAAAAGGGGCACUAUUACCUUGGACGGCACUACAAGAAGGUAUUGGAGUCAGAAAAGGCAUUGGACCCAGACAACCAAAGCGACGAGUACCUGUCAGGUGAAACAGUGAAGCUAGUGAUCGAGAACUACAUCCGAUCGCUCAACUACGGCACCAAAUAUCUUUAUCAAACCCUGCCGAGAAUUUUGACACUCUGGCUGGAAUUCGGCGCUCAACUUGAUAAAGCACCCGAAGGCAAAGUUUCCUUGUCGCGCGAGCUCUAUCAUCGAAGAAAGACACAACUCAAUUCGCUGCACACAUACCUGUACAAGUAUUUGCAACGCCUGCCGGCCUACAUAUUUUACACGGCACUCCCGCAAAUCGUCGCUCGUAUUGCUCAUCCGAAUGAGAGUGUUUUCCAACUCUUAGAACAAAUCAUCAUCAAGGUGGUUGAGGCUCAUCCUCGGCAAGCUCUGUGGAGCCUGUUCGCUAUUUUGACGUCCAAACAGACAACAACUGAACGCAAAGUUCGCGGACAACAGAUCUUACAGAAGCUUAAAGGCCAAUCGAAGCAAGUGGAAGGCGGGUUGGGAGAUCUCAAGUCACUGCUGCGGAAGGGUGAGAAGCUUGCACAUCAAUUACUUCUGGCCUGCAACAACGGUGACUUUCAAAGCAACAGAACGACACAUGCCAGCAUUACGCGAGAUCUGAAUUUCAACCACAAUUGCUGUCCGUGUCCGCUGGUCGUGCCCGUAGAGGCUUGUCUUACAGCCACAUUGCCCACGCUUACGGACAAUGUCAAGAAGCACAAAGCUUUCUCGCGAGAUGUCGUCACCAUUGAUAGUUUCUUGGAUGAAGUCCUGGUCUUGGGGUCACUGGCCAAACCCCGGCGACUUACGGCUCGGGGUUCGGAUGGCAAAAAUUACAUGUUGUUAAUCAAGCCAAAAGAUGACCUGAGAACAGACCAACGUCUAAUGGAAUUCAAUGGCAUGAUCAAUCGCUCUCUCAAGCGAGACGCCGAGUCCAGUAGACGGCAGUUAUACAUCAAGACUUAUGCAGUAACACCGCUUAAUGAAGAGUGCGGUAUUAUUGAGUGGAUCGAUGGUCUAAAAACCCUUCGGGAUAUCCUCCUGAACAUCUACCGGUCACGCGGGAUUGUUCCUAAUUACAACUCUCUUGCCCAGAUGAUGAAGGAUGCGGCCAUGAACGAGAAGAACACCAAAAUUUUCACUGACUCAGUGCUUGGGAUGUUCCCUCCUGUUCUCCCUUACUGGUUCAUCUCACAAUUUCCCAAUUCCUCGGCUUGGUUCGCUGCUAGGCUGAGGUACACCCGUUCCUGCGCUGUCAUGUCAAUGGUCGGCACAAUCUUGGGAUUGGGAGACCGGCAUGGUGAGAACGUGCUUCUAGAAGAGGGCAACGGUGGUGUAUUCCAUGUGGAUUUCAAUUGUCUUUUCGACAAAGGCCUGACUUUUGCCCAACCGGAACGAGUUCCAUUCCGUCUUACACACAACAUGGUAGCCGCUAUGGGUGUUCACGGUUACGAGGGGCCUUUCAGGAAGUGCUCCGAGCUGACUUUGAGCAUUCUCAGACAACAAGAAGAGACUUUGAUGACCAUCUUGGAGGCUUUCAUAUAUGACCCGACACUGGACUUGCAGAAGGAUAAAAAGCGGAAGCAUGAGAUCGUCAAGAUGAGCCCGCCCGCUGUGGUAGAAAAUAUCAAGCGGAAGGUGAAGGGCUUGCUGCCAAAUGAAAGCAUCCCCCUCAGCGUGGAAGGUCAGGUUGAGGAGCUCGUGAAGCAAGCAGUCAACCCGAGGAAUUUGGCUGCUAUGUACAUCGGAUGGUGUCCUUUCUUGUAGUUUUAGGGAAGACUCAGAAGUCCCCAAAAAUCGGUUGACGAGGAUAACUUUUAUUCAACAAA